AUGAGCCGAAAGCUCGCCCCCGAAGCCAAUCGGAUUCUCUUCGUCAAGAACCUCAACUACAACGUAACAGCGGAGCAACUGUUCGACCUGUUUGGCAAAUUUGGCCCCAUUCGUCAAAUUCGCCAGGGUAUCGCCAACACUUCCAAAGGAACCGCAUUUGUCGUCUACGAGGACGUUCACGACGCCAAACAGGCAUGCGAUAAACUCAAUGGUUUCAACUUCCAGAACAGAUACUUGGUUGUCUUGUAUCAUCAGCCAGAGAAGAUGGUCCGUACGAAAGAGGACAUUACGGAAAGGCAGGAGAAUUUAGAACGGCUCAAACAGCAACACGGGAUAGAAUGA